UUAGGUUUAAUUAAGCCCAAUCAGGCUGUUCGGCUCCAGCUGCUGUACCAACAGCCUGCGGGCCUGUCAGUAAACCUCCGCAGCCUCUCAGAGCUGCUGUAAAACGGAGAGGAACAAACCGCUGAAGCACGUCCAGCCAUGACCUUACAGCUUAAAACCAGAGCGCAGCUCUUUGACCUGCACUGCUCCGUGGGCCUGACAGACUGGGACAUGGACAAGGAGCUGAAACUGGCCACAACCACCGACCAGUUUUACCACGACGACAAAUUGAAUGAUCAGUAUGUGGUCCAGAGGCCUUCUGCAAGAGCUUCAAGGAGAAAAGAUGAAUUCAUUUGGUACGACAAAACAUCAGACACCUUUGUGAAGCCAAACCUGUGGCUGCUGGUGAAUCCCGACAUCGCCUGCCCGAUCCAGCACGGAGGGAGUGCAGCGGAUCUGCAGACUCUCUGUGAACCGGCGGGGGAAUUCCAGACGCCUCUGCCGAGGCCCGCAGAGACCCAACGUCCACCGACGGCAGAGCUCCACGCGUUGGCCCCCCACGACGCUCCUCUCCAGGAGGAACUGCUGCUCCCCGUCUCCUCCUCCUCCUCCACUGGCUACAUGAUCACGGAUGAAGACGUGUCCUGCCGACCGGCCAAGAGCAGACGCAAGGGGAGGACCAGCAAAGCCAGGGACAUUAAGACCCUGAAGCCAGGAUGCUGGCCUCGUCCACCGGUGAAUUACUGCAUCCUCAUCGCCUUGGCGCUCAAGAGCAGCCACACUGGGAGCCUCAAAGUCCAGCAGAUUUACAACUUCACCAGAGAGCACUUCCCCUUCUUUCAGACGGCUCCAGACGGCUGGAAGAACACCAUCCGGCACAACCUGUGCUUCAACAACAGCUUCCGCAAGACCUGCAACCAGCUGUGCAGGGACGGAAAGAGGAAGUCCUGCUUCUGGCACCUGACCCUGGCCGGCCAACGCCGGCUAAAGGACGAGAUCUGCACGUUGACGGGCGAAACCUUCAAGCAGCUGGAGGGGAGCAUGUCCCGCCCAGAUAUAAUUCGGAGUUUGCUUGCGCUGUGACAGCAGUUGUAAAAGUUUAAAUCAAUGCAUAAAUAAUAUAUGAAUAAAACUUAAUAUACACAUUAA